AUGGUGGGCGCUACGUUCUGUGUAUCGCCGAUUUGGCAGGAUGCCGACUUUACUGCAUGCUUUCGAGAGAAAUACAUCAACUUAUUCUUUCCGACUUUUGUCACUUUGGCCUCCGCUUCUUCUCUGCUGAUCAGCAUUCGUGUGAUUGCACGUCGGGCUAGUUGCGAUAAGGCUCCGCCUCAACAACAGCUUGGGAUCGCCAGCAUUUCACCGGAUGAAGCUGGCGCAGUGUUCGAGAGAAGCACGUGCUGUAGAUGCCUGGAAUUGCCACCGAGUUCAGUCCGAAAUCCCGCAGUCGUCUUGGAUGGCGCUACCUUGGGCGAGCUGCUUGUGCUUGGUGGACUGCUUAGCGUCAAUAUCAGCUCGUUCCUACGCGCAUUCUCUGGCGGAUACAGCCUCUUACAACCAGCAGCAGCGGCUUCAUCUUGGCUUUACGCUGCUCUGAUCCUUAUCCUACCUCUGCUUGUACAGAAGGCAAGGUCGCAGCAACACAGACCUUGGGUGCAUUCUGGCAUCAUAUAUCUCACCCAAUGGCUCUUAACAGCGGUGAAUCUUCGCUCUGCACUGCUAGACCGCGGGCCAAGCCUCACUACAUAUACACUUUCUCUUGAAAUUGGUCUCCAGACAAUACUAGUUGGCAUCAUACUCUUCCGAAGAGGUCAAGACGGAGCAGAACCGACAUCCCUAGAACAACGAGCUUCAACCUUUUCGCGCCUCACCUUCUUCUGGAUGGAUGCGAUGUUGCUAAAGGGGUACACUAAGGGAAUUAGCAUCGACAUGAUGCGGCACUUCGACCGAGCAGACAUGGCCCAAACUAUUCUAGCCUCCUAUCGACAAGUCAGGAAGGACGCUGCGUUAUCCUGGAAACUGGCGUCUCUUUUUAAGGGCUUGCUAAUCUUACAGGGCACAUGGGCAUUCGUCGCGGGUAUCCUCACCGUCGCCCCCGCUCUACUUCUUAACCUAAUCUUAACCUCCAUCGAACAGCCUGGACGCUACCCACAACACCUAAUAUGGCUUCUUGUCAUACUAUUCCCAUGGAUCGAUCUCGUCAAAUCGGUUGCAGAAGGACAGGCUCUUUGGCAGGGUCACAAAUUAUGCCUCCGUACGCGCGCUUUGCUGAUUGGCGAGGUAUUUCGUCUGACCGUAGACCGGAAGCCAAGCCAAGAAAAAGCGUAUUCGAUUUUGGCCACAAAAACUACCUAUACCAUGCUAGGAAGGUUGAAAAGAUGGUUUCAGCAGAUGCUACCAGCGGAAGAAGGCGCCAUUACCUUGCCCAUCAAUGCAUCUAUCGCCGGCCUACCUGACUCAGAAGACCAGACGACCCACUCGGAGACUGGUGAAAAAGGUACCGGAAACAUCAUAAACUUGAUGUCCAUCGACAGCUACAAAAUCGGCGAUGCCAUAUCUAAUUUGCACCUCCUUACUAUCCAAGCGCCUGUGCAAAUACUGAUCACCAUUGCCAUGCUAUAUCGUAUUCUGGGUUGGAGUGCCUUUUCAGGACUUUCCAUGAUGUUUCUCACGAUUCCACUCAAUAUUACGCUUGGUAAAGGCCUGGUACGCAAUCAAGAGAACAUGAUGGCCUCGACGGAUCGACGGAUCCAUACGUCCAAUGAUCUUUUCCGAAAUAUCCGCACUGUUAAAUUUUUCGUCUGGGAACGUCAUUUCAGCGCACUAGUAAAUGACGCACGAAAUAUGGAGCUGAAGGGUUUGCGGAAACGCUUCAUCUUGUGGGCCGCGUUUAACACCGCCUGGUACGCUGUUCCUGCCCUAACGACACUGAUAUCCUUCUUCUGCUUUACGACUUUGGAAGGGAAACCCUUACGACCUUCCCUAGCUUUUGCUUCCGUAUCCUUAUUCACACUACUUUCUGUACCUUUGGGCAACGUGGGACACGUGUUGGCCCAAGUUACUGAGGCGGUUGUGUCUCUGAGACGUAUCGAGGAGUUUUUAGGCAAUGGGGAGGAUAUGCUGCCGCCUGUUAACUCUACCGCGGAAGGAAACACGGAUGAUCCUAUGCUGGGCUUUCAUGAGGCUCACUUCAGCUGGGGUAAGCUUGGUGAAACUGCAUCAGCUGCAUCCACAACUUUCCAACUGCACAACAUGGACUUUUGUUUCCACACAGGUAAGCUUAAUGUGGUCGUGGGCCAGACAGGUGCAGGGAAAAGCUCCCUACUACUCGCUUUGCUGGGAGAAAUGCGGUUAGUGGAGGGCGACCUAUCAUUCUCUGAUACCCGAACCCGCGCCUACGUUGCACAGACACCCUGGAUAUUCCAUGGAACCAUACGUGAAAAUAUUUUGUUCUCCACUCCUUACGAUGCAAAACGAUACCACCACGUCAUCGAGAUCUGCGCCCUCGAGAGUGACUUUCACGGCAUGAGCGCCGGUGAUGCCACGAUCACAGGCGAAAACGGUGUCACACUUUCCGGCGGACAGAAACAGCGCAUUUCCCUUGCUCGGGCAAUUUAUUCGCACUCGCGCACUGUGCUCCUAGACGAUUGCCUUAGCGCGCUGGACCCACCCACCGCUCAGUUCAUUUUCGAAAACUGCGUCAGAGAGCUCCCCGGUCAAGGUCGUACAUGCGUCCUCGUCACACAUAACACGGCACUGUGCGUGCCGGUAGCUGACUUCGUGGUUGUUCUGGACAAAGGUCGGGUUGUUGCUCAUGGGCCUCCCCGUCAAAUCUUUGCUGCGGGUUUGUUCCCUGUGGCUGACCAUGGAGCGUUGGAGUCUCAGAUGGUGAAGAUGGAGCAGGCGCUCAAUUCACCCAAGACGGCGCCGGAGGUCUGGCAGUUCCGACCAACCUCUCCAAAUCAGAUUUACGAAAUCGCCGUACAGCCUGUCAACCAGAUGCUUACAUCCCAAGACAGUGCAAAUGCCAACGGUGCAGGCGUCGUGGGGUGGUCCGCGAGUAAGCUCUACUUGUUUGCAAUGGGAGCUUGGCCAUUCUGGAUAAUUUUACUCCUCUUGUUCGCAGCAGAGCAUAUGGCUGGUGUGACGUCCACCCUUUGGAUCGGGAGAUGGUCCAAUGCGUCUAUGUUGAGCGGCAACAUAAGUGAUGCGGGUAUACGGCCGACACUUCGCGCAAAUGCCAUGCUACAUCUCUCUUCCCAGAGUCACCUUGGCCACUCUUCGCCGAACACUUAUCACAACCUGAUGGUAGCGAGCCAAAUGCUACCAACAGAUCCCUCCAGUUCGACGACCAAUCAUUUACCCCACAUCUUGGUCCUCGCCAUAAUCAGUCUCUCGAGUGUCCUCUUCGUUAUAAUGCGAGAAGCUUGGGCUGCCUUUGGUUCACUGACGGCGUCGCGAGAACUGCACACCAGAUUGCUCGAGGUCGUCACGAAGACAACAUUCCACUUCUUUGAUACAAAUCCCCUUGGGCAGAUCAUGAAUCGUUUCAGUAAGGAUAUGGAGAUCAUUGAUCAACAAAUGACGCCUGGUAUUGUCUUCAUUGUCAGCCUUGUCCUCGAUACGAUUGUUUCGAUUGUUGUCAUUGCGUGGACGACGCCGCAACUCCUGAUCGCGGGCUGCUUGAUCGUUUCUAUUUAUUUGGGCGUAGCGACAUUCUACCUACGCUCUUCACGAGAGCUCAAGGAGCACGAGGCCAGGGGUCGGAGUCCACUGUUCCAGCAAUUUGGUGAGGUGCUCACCGGAGUCGUCACGAUUCGCGCCUACAAUAACGAGAGGUUAUUCAUCGAGAGUAACGCAGAACGCAUAGACAUGCAGUCACGGCCCUUCUUACACCUCUGGGCCGCCAAUCGAUGGCUAGCUCUCCGCACCGAGUUUCUCGGAAAUCUCUUGUUUGUCCUGACCAGUGUCUUCGUCCUGCUGAGCGACGAUAUAAACCCCGGCUUGGCGGCCGUCUCACUGACGUAUGCUAUGAGCUUCUCCACCAACCUCAUCUGGCUUGUACGCCAGUACGCGGUUUUUGAGCAGAACAUGAACUCUGUCCACCGCAUCAGUGGCACGAUGAGCGCGGAGCAGGAGCCCGGACCAGACAUCGCGCGCUGCCACCCUCACGCUUCCUGGCCAUCGCACGGCGUUCUCGAGUUUAGGCAUUUCUCAGCGCGCUACCGACCUGACUUAGAUCUGUGCCUCCGCGAUAUCAGUUUUCGCGCUAAUCAUGGGGAGCGAGUUGGCAUCGUAGGCCGUACGGGGGCGGGUAAGAGCACUUUAGGCCUUGCCCUCUUCCGAGCCUUGGAAGCCGAAAAGGGUGCAAUUUUCAUAGACGACGUGGAUAUCAGUCAAAUAGCGCUGGACCGCCUCCGUCAAUCAAUUGCUAUAGUACCCCAGGACCCUAGCCUAUUCGCUGGCACCAUCCGGUCCAACAUAGAUCCUCUGUUCGAGCGUUCGGACGCAGAGGUAGACGCAGUGCUUGACCACGUGCAGCUGUCCGGCACGGCCGAAAGUGGAUUGCACGCAGGGACGUCUAUCAUCGAGGGCGGAGCCAACUUCUCGCAGGGACAACGACAGCUGCUGUGUCUAGCACGGGCUCUCCUGUGGCGCAGCCGCAUUCUCAUCGUCGACGAAGCCACGGCUUCCAUUGACCACGCCAGCGACACCCAGGUGCAGGCAGUCUUGAGCGGCCUCGACGCCACGAUUGUGACAGUGGCCCAUCGUAUUGCCACUGUUGCAGACCAUGAUCGCAUUGUUGUCCUAGAUCAAGGUGCUAUCAUUGAACAAGGCGCUCCUUGGGUUCUACUUCGUAACCCUCAAAGCGCCUUUCGCGCUAUGUGUGAAACGAGUGGCGAGUUCGAUCGUCUAGUGCAUAUAUCUGAUUGCGCUCGACUCGCUAGUAAUAUUAUAGACAUAGAUUUCGUUAGUUAA